GCGGGGCGUUUGAAGGAGCCGCUGCCGCCGCCAGGAGGAUGCCGAAUUUCUGCGCCGCCCCGAACUGCACCCGCAAGAGCACCCAGAGCGACUUGGCCUUUUUCCGCUUCCCGCGAGACCCCACCCGAGUCCAACCAUUCGUUCAUCUUAGUACUGUCUGCUCCGACUGGCAGCGGCUUCUCCAGGGUGUCAGACAAGUGGUUUCCCAAGCCCUUCCUGCAGGCGCCAGGGAUUGAACCUGGAAGCUGCAUGCAAAACACGCGCUCUACCACUGAGCUCCAGAUGCCAGCGGUGGGUUGAGAACUGCCGGAGAGCUGAUUUGGAAGACAAGACCCCAGACCAGCUGAACAAGCACUACAGACUGUGUGCAAAACACUUUGAGACCUCCAUGAUAUGUAGAAGUAGUCCCUACAGAACAGUCUUGAGAGACAAUGCCGUGCCAACGAUAUUCGACCUCACAAGCCAUUUGAACAAUCCCCACAGCAGGCACAGAAAAAGAAUCAAAGAGCUGAGUGAAGAAGAAAUAAGAACCCUAAAGCAGCAAAAGGUUGAUGAAACUUGUGAGCAGGAGAAGAUGAACCAAGAGUCCAUUGACAACGACAUCCAGAACCCGGCUUCUGAGGAAGGAGGAGACGAGCCCGUAGAAGACGAUGUCCCUUUAACCCAAGAAGAGCGGGAAAACAAGGAUUACCUUAAGUCUUUAUUUGAAAUCUUAAUCCUGAUGGGGAAACAGAACAUUCCUCUGGACGGCCACAACGCCGAUGCACUUCCCGAAGGCAUUUUCACCCCAGACAAUUUCCAGGCGCUCCUGGAAUUCAGAAUCAAUGCUGGAGAUGAAGUUCUGAGAAAGCGUUUCGAGACAACGGCAGUGAAUUUGGCUUAUUGCUCUAAAGCCCAGCAGAAGCAAAUGCUGGAGAUCUGCGAGAGCUGCGUGCGAGAAGAGACACUCAGGGAAGCCAGAGAUUCCCACUUCUUCUCCAUUGUCACAGACGAAGUGGUGGAUCUGGCUGGUGAGGAACACUUGCCGGUGCUGGUGAGAUUUGUGGACGAUUCUCAUAACCUGAGGGAAGAAUUCAUUGGAUUUUUGCCAUAUGAGGCAGAUCCCGAGAUUUUAGCAGUUAAGUUCCAUACAACUAUUACCGAAAAAUGGGGCUUAAACAUGGAGUACUGCCGAGGCCAAGCCUAUAUCGUCUCCAGUGGGUUUGCUUCGAAAAUGAAGACCGUGGCUACGAGAAUCCUUGAGAAAUAUCCACAGGCAGUAUAUACACUGUCGUCCUCUUGUGCCUUGAACAUUUGGCUAGCCAAGUCGAUUCCAGUCCUGGGCAUUUCCAUUGCACUUGGAACAAUAGAAGAAAUCUGCUUGUUCUUUCACCAGUCUCCCCAAUUACUAGCUGAGUUAGACAAUGUGAUCUCUCUUCUCUUUCAGAACAGCGAGGAAAGGGGGAAUGAGCUGAAAGAGAUUGUCCGUUCCCAGUGGACGGGCCGGCAUGAUACCUUUGAGAUGGUUGUUGACCUCUUGCAGGCCUUUGUGUUAUGCUUGGAUAGCAUCAACGAUGCUGCCAUCAGGUGGAACAGCGUUGUUUCUGGACGGGCAUACAUACUUUCCAAUGCACUAGCUGAUUUUGACUUUGUAGUCACAGUGGUGAUUGUCAAAAACAUCCUCUCCUUCACAAGGGCCUUUGGGAAGAACCUCCAGGGUCAAACCUCUGAUGUCUUCUUUGCAGCCAGCAGUUUAACAGCAGUGUUGCAUUCCCUGAAUGAGGUGAUGGAGAACAUUGAAGUUUAUCAUGAAUUCUGGUUUGAGGAAGCCACAAACCUGGCCACAAAGUUAGACCUACCAAUUAAACUCCCCGGGAAAUUUUGCCGAGCACAGCAAGGGAGUUUAGACUCUGCAAUCACUCCUGAGAACUACUACAAAGAAGCACUUAGCAUUCCAACCAUGGAGCACAUAAUUCAGGAGUUGAAAGACAUCUUCUCAGAACAGCACCUGAAAGCACUCAAAUGUUUGUCCUUGGUGCCCUCAGUGAUGGGGCAGCUCAAAUUCAACACGUCAGAGGAACAUCAUGCCGACAUGUACAAGCACGACCUCCCCAAUCCAGACACACUGUCUGCUGAGCUCCAUUGCUGGAGAAUCAAGUGGAAACACAGAGGAAAGGAUAUAGAGCUCCCCACCACGAUUUAUGAAGCGCUGCACCUGCCCGACAUCAAGUUUUUCCCAAACGUGUAUGCCUUGCUUAAAGUUCUUUGCAUCCUCCCCGUCAUGAAGGUGGAGAAUGAAAAAUUUGAAGUUGGCCGAAGGCGCUUGAAGGCCUAUCUAAAGAACACGUUGACUGAGCAGAGGUCAAGCAACUUAGCCUUGCUUAACAUAAACUUUGAUAUCAAGCAUGACUUGGACUUAAUGGUGGACACUUACAUCAAGAUGUAUCCAGAGAAAGCAGAGUUCCAGGAGGAAUUUCCCCCUUCCAACAGUUCAGAAGCAAAAGAAGAGACUUAACAGAAGGGCGGGGGAAUGUCCACCAAACUCUGACCUGUCUUGGAUGUUUCAUUACGCCUUUUUAAAAAUCCAGGGUUCAAAACUGAGAAAGGAGUAACUUAAUCAUUGCAAAGUAUAUUUGCAUUUUAGUUAAGCCCCGGCAAAGAAGCUCGGAGCAGUUGACCAAGCUCAGUUUCUGUUGCUUGUUAAUCUGUUCUGAUUUACCGUUCUGUAAACUUAAAACAAAAAAUGAAAUCCUGUUGGAAGACAGUGUCUAGGGUUGCAGAGACACUACCAUGUUGUUGGCAUGACUGUGUGCUUUCACUCCCUCCUCCCCUCCCCUAUAUAUAAUAGUUUUAUUUUGUUACCUUGGGAAAUCCCAUUCACCAUGGACUUUCUUGGGCUGCCCCACAUUUGUGCCCAAGUUACUGAAGAGACCCCAUUUUAAAAAAUCCCUGAACAAAAUGUUUUGUCUACUAUUAAGGGUUCCUGAUUACUCCCCACCCCCAUCCCCCAUGAUAAUAUUAUAAAUUGUAUGGAUUUAAAUGAACUCUCAGAAUGAUUGAAGUUUGCCCUGGACUGUGCUGUUGUUGGUCUGGGGGUUCUCCGGAGACCUGUGGGACUUCACCAAGCCUGUACAUCGGGAUUAGACGAGGGGGCAAUGAAGUAAACAACCCUCUUCUUGUUUCAGUGAUGCUCACGUGACUCUCCCAAAGGAGUGUGAACACACAGGUGGCUCUCUUGAUCUGUGCCCCCUCUUCACAUUCCGUUGUGUUGGCCCUGCAUGAUGGCCUCUUAUUCUUCAGAUGCUUUUGUGAACUGGAGAGCGUAUUGGAAGCAGAACCGUCUUGUAAAAACGAUAUUCCAUGAGCACUGGAAACGUCUUCUGUCUUCAGCCAGACUUGUACAGGAAUCGUUACUAGCUCACCUCUUGUCUCCAGGGUAUGAAUUUUAGACCUCACCUGGCAGAAGAGCAAACAAGAAGGUGGGAUGUCUUUUGGUUUUAUGUAGAAGCCGUACAGAGAUUUUUUGCUGAUUUUUUUUUUGGCAAAAAUGAAGCAGUUUUGUAUUGCUUAUUUCCAUCCACAAUAAAAUGUGAAUUUGC